AUGGCGAACUACUUGGUUGCGAAACUCUUCCCUCCCAACUUUUCUAAACACCAAAGGGAUAAGUUGAGGAGUGAUUCCAAAUAUUACAUUUGGGAUGACCCUCACUUGUGGAAGAGGGGAGUAGACCAAGUAAUUCGAAGAUGUGUCCCAGAGUCCGAAAUCCAACCCAUUCUUGAAGCUUGCCAUUCGUCCGAAUGUGGUGGCCACUUUGUCCUACAAAGGACCGCAAAAAAGUGUUGGAUUGUGGAUUCUGGUGGCCAACCUUAUUCAAGGAUGCUAACCGAUUAUAUGUGUCUUGUCAUCAGUGUCAAAAGUCGGGAAACACAUCCCAAAGGGAUGAAAUGCCUCAACAACCUAUGUUGUUCUGUAGAAGCAAUACCUACCCGCCUUGACGUCGCCAAUACCGUCAUUUCUUUUAUUAGGAAUAACAUUGUAUUCCGUUAUGGGUCGCCACGAGCAAUCGUGAGCGACCAAGGAUCCCACUUUUGUAACAGGAAAGUAGAGGCACUGCUCAAGUGCUAUGGGGUACUGCAUAAGGUUACCACUGCUUAUCAUCUGCAAACCAACAGACAAGCAGAAGUGUCCAACCGGGAGAUUAAGAGAAUCUUGGAGAAAGUAGUCAAUCCACAAAGGAAGGAUUGGAGCAUCCGGUUAGGAGAUGCACUACGAGCAUAUAGAACGGCCUACAAGACUCCGUUAGGGAUGAGUCCCUUUCGGAUCGUCUAUGGUAAGGCAUGCCACCCUCCGGUGGAAAUUGAUCACAGAGCCUAUUGGGCAGUAAAGCGGUGCAACAUGGAUUUGACCCAAGCCGAAAAGAAGGACUUCCAAGAAGGUGAUGCGGUUCUCCUCUACAAUUCAAGGCUUCGUUUCAUGCCUGGCAAGCUCUGCUCUAGAUGGGAAGGACCUUUCAAGGUGAAGGAGAUAAAGCAUUAUGGAGUGGUGGAAUUGUUUGAUCCUAAAAGUGAAGCAACUUUCAAGGUGAAUGGACAUAGAGUGAAGAAGUACCAUGGCUACAAGCUCCCAAAAGAGCUAAGAUGUGUUCCUAUUGGAGGAUGCACCUAG